UUGAAUAUAAUAUUAAUUUAAAAUAUGAAAACAAUUACUGUAACAAUAAUAUCAAUUUGAUAUACUCACAAUUAAAUUAGUUGAACUUUACAUUAAAUAUAAUAGCAAUGUUGGAUACCAUGCGUUCCGUAGAAGAUUGUAACGCUAUACGUUAUGCUUCAUACAGAACUGCUGUUAAGAUGCAAGUAAUACACAGAGAACUUCAGAUGCAACACGUACAGCUAGAAUUAAUAGCUGGUGUAUUUGAACGUCAUAGAUUAUCAAUAACAGAAAAUUCGGUAAACUUGGAUCCAAGCGAAAUAGAAGACGUUCUCUCAGAUAUUUAUUUUGCUGCUCGCAAAGAAUCCAACUUUGACUUUGAUAUGGAUCAUGUAACUAAGCAUGCUGUCAAUUAUAUUUUAUGUACCUUCGACAAGAAAAACACUAGAAGUAUUACCGUUUUUUCCGUUAAACUUGCUUUGAUAUUGAUGAGCUGUGGAAGAUUACAAGAGAAGUACGGAUAUCUUUAUCAGCAGUUGGCCGAUCAUAAUGCUUGUCUCUCUCGAGCAGGUCUGAAUACGUUGUUAACUAACAUAUGUAAAAUAACAGAAAUGCUUGGAGAAAAUAUGACCUAUGGAUAUCAUCUUAUUCAAUUGCAUAUCGAUAGUUGUUUUGAAAAGUCUCAAGGAUGUUUAGGAGUUACUGAAUCUGAAUUUUCCACAUGGAUUAUGCAAGAACCACCUUUACUUGUUUGGAUAACAACAUUCAACAGAAUGAAAUCUGCAGAAAAUAUUGUACAUAAUAUUAAGUGUUCUUCUUGUAAAAUAACACCAGUGCAAGGACCAAAAUAUUCGUGCUUGAAGUGUACUGGCUAUCAUCAAUGUCAAGAAUGUUUUUUACUUGGUAAAACAACCAAUAAACAUAAAUUAAAACAUCCAAUAAGGGAGUAUUGUGCGAAGACAUCUAAUCGCGAAGCAACAAAAUUAAUUAUUGAAUUAAUUAGAAACAAAUUGAGAUUAUGUCCUUCCAAAAUGGUUAUAAUGAGCCCAGAAGAAUUGCAACAAAGUGCUGUUAGCAUAACAAAGCAAUCAGAUUGCUCCACAUUAAGAAGUACAAUAAAAAGAAAAAUUUUAAGUGAUCCUCAAAAGGAAUUACAAAGCAUUAUAACACAUUUGGAAGAAGAAAACAAGCAACUUCAAAUAGAAUUACUUGAUAUUCAAGGAGCUAGAGCCGAAAGACUUCAUCGUCAUAGAGCUACUAUCGAGUCCCAACUACAACGUUUAAAAAUAUUAAAAAAAUACUUAUUUGCAGAUACUUCUUAUGAUCCUCCACAAUUUAUUAAUCGUCUACAAAGCACGCCAAUGCUUCCACUGUCUGCAAGAGUCGCAGCUUUACCUUUAGAAUUUGAAUUAAGUCCGAUAAUACGUCAAGAUAAUCUAGAAAGACAUUUGUCUAAUGUAGCUGAUAGGAACAAAAAACAAGUCUCAAAUAAUUUCAAUACAUCAUUAGACAAAAAUGAUACGAAUGGUCUUUCUUGCAUUGAAGAAGCUUCUACAAGUUCUACGUUUGUUAAAGCACCUAGUAGUACGUGUAUAGAAUUGAGCACAUGGAUUGGAGGAAAACGAUCAGAAUUAAGUAUAUCCGACAGUGGCUUUUCUCAGUGGUUAAAUAACGGAGAUCCUAAUUACAAAGACGAUAGACAAACAAAUAAACUUAUAAUAGGAAAUAUUGCUUGCAAUGAAUCACCGAUAACAAUUUCUGAUUCUCCCAUUGGACCUCAAAGAGACAAUACACCUUCUUCUUUACAACGUCCAGAUAAACAUUCGCAACACAGUAGUUUACAAAAUAUUCAAGGAGAUCUCAACGAUAUAUUAGAUAGAUUGCAGAACAUGGUUGCAAAUGAUUGUUUACUGGAAGAGUCCUACGUUGUCAAUGAUAAUUGCAAAUUAAAGCGAGCAGCAACAGAAAUGGAAGAUCUGUUAACUGAUCUUAUUGAAGGCAUGGAAUCUCGUAGAACUAAACUCACUACUAAUGUUUGAGGAUUUUAUAAGCAAAGAGCUGAAUAAGACACAUUUUGUAUGUCAAUGACAAUAAUUAUAUUAUUAUUUUCCGUCCACAUUUGACUACGAAAAACGUAGUAAUAUAAAUUUUAAAAAUCAAGUGUAACCACCUUGUUAAAAAUAAAUGAAAUAGUAAAACGUUUUG